AGUGAGAAUACUUUUGAUCGUCAUCAACCGGUUCUUUUUCUUUCUUUCUCAUCCCUUCGAAGCAGUCAAGAGUAAAAUCCAACUUUAUCGCAAGACUUUCGAGUCUUAAAAAAAAAGAAGAAAUCGCAUCUUCUCAAAUAUUAAAAACAACAACUUGUACCUUCUGCAUUUGAUUAAUAAUUUUAUCGAUCAACCCAAGAAGAAAAUGAACAUGGCUACUCUGCAUCAUCCUCACUACAUCCUCAAUUUCUCUUCCACAAAUCACUGUUCACCUUUUCCCUCUCAUUCCUCUUCAUCACUAACCAACCGAUCCAUUUCCUACAAAUACAAACUCCCCGCUACCGGUAACCGGAUGACUCGGUCCUCAUCUUCUGAUCAGGCGUUUGAUGUUAUUGUAGUCGGUGCUGGUAUCAUCGGUUUAACCGUUGCUCGCCAGUUUCUGAUGGAUUCGGACUUAUCAGUCGCCAUUGUUGAUAAAGGUGUUCCUUGUUCUGGUGCCACUGGCGCAGGGCAGGGAUAUCUAUGGAUGACACACAAAACACCUGGGACUGCUACAUGGGAUCUUUCUAUGAGAAGCCAUCAACUUUGGACGAUGAUGGCAGAAGACCUACAACAGCAAGGCUUGGAUCCUAUGGUAGAGUUGGGUUGGAAAAAAACUGGGAGCCUACUAGUUGGUAGAACUUUUGCAGAGUCAGACACGCUAAAAGGGAGGGUGAAGCAGCUAAGUGAGGCUGGGUUGAAAGCAGAGUACUUGUGUAGCAGGGAUUUGUCUAAACGGGAACCUGAUCUGUUGGUAGAUAAAGAUACUGCAGCUGCAUUUCUACCCGAUGAUUGUCAAUUGGAUGCUCAUCGCACUGUUACAUAUCUUGAAAAGGCUAACAGGAACUUUGCAUCAAAAGGAAGAUAUGCAGAAUUUUAUGAUGACCCUGUGAAAUGUUUCAUCAGGUCAGAUGGCAAUGGUGUUGAAGCUGUUCAGACUUCCAAGAAUACAUUAUACAGCAAGAAGGCAGUUAUAGUUGCUGCUGGUUGUUGGACUGGUUCUUUGAUGCAGGAUUUGUUUAGAAAUUGGGGAAUGGAGUUUCAGGUUCCUGUAAGGCCCAGAAAGGGUCACCUACUCGCACUUCAGAACUUCAAUUCUCUUCAAUUGAACCAUGGCUUGAUGGAGGCAGGUUAUGUUGACCAUCCAUCUAUUUCUGGUUUGGAAUCAUCUGACAAUGAACAGAACUUAUCAGUUUCAAUGACAGCAACAAUAGAUGCAGCAGGAAAUCUUCUUAUCGGGAGUAGCCGGGAGUUUGUCGGGUUCAACACUGAUUCGGAUGAGUCUGUUAUCAAUCUCAUAUGGAAGCGGGUUGCAGAGUUCUUCCCCAAAUUGAGAAUGCUUUCCCUUUCAGACCUAAGCGCAAGUAGAAAAGUCCGAAUAGGAUUACGGCCAUACAUGCCUGAUGGUAAGCCAAUGAUUGGGCCUGUGCCUGGCUUGUCAAAUGUGUACCUUGCGGCUGGACAUGAAGGGGGUGGACUUUCAAUGGCUUUGGGGACUGCUGAAAUGGUCGUUGAUGUGGUGUUGGGCCGUACAGGAAAAGUUGACAGUGCACCUUUUGCUGUGGAUCGAGCUCUUGAGUAAAUGCGAGCGAUAGAUGAGUGCUAUAUAUAAGUAGCGGCUUAGGAUGUGAAAGCAUGCACGGUCACUUGAAAUUCUGAUGUAUCAGUUCUGAGUGAGCUGUGUCCUUGUUGAAGUCUCUAUUUGAUUUGUAGCAUCCCUUUAAUUUUUUUACAGUAACUAGUCCCUUUUCAAAGUAAUAAACUUGUGAAAGAAUUGUCAGAAAAUACUCAACUUUGUCAGAAAAUACUCAUCUAUUGUUACAGCAUUUAUGAUAUGUUUGCUUUAGAUU